CGUAAGUGGAUCCGGUUGAUCGUGAAGAUGACUAGACAAAGGAGGAAAAUGAUGUUCUGGCAAAAGAAAUUUGGAUUCUCUGCCGUCUUUUAAAGUUGAUGGCUGCGGAUACUGUGCCCUUCUUGGCAGUUUAUUUUCUUUCUCUCUUUCUGUCAUAUAUUAGUAACUGCGCGCGUCAUGCCUUCUCAGUUAACCUGGGGCAAAAUCAAUCCAAGUUACUUCAAGCGUCGUUCGUGACAGUAUUCUGCACAGCCAUCCGCAUACAACCCGACACGACAGAGAACAUUUCGAGACUUUGUUUCGGCCAGGAACUUGGUGGGCGUGCAGGGUGGGCUGAAACAUCAGAAUCUGGACGAGGCGGAGACGGAGCCAGCCCGCCGUGCAACCGCAGAUAUCUGCAGUUGGAGAUGAGAUCGGAGCUGAACCCGAGUAUCCGCUCUUUUGCAGAGUGGGUGGUAAAUCAAUCGAGGCUGCAAAAAACAAAAACAAAGAAAGAAAGGACACGGACGCGACACGAGAUUCGUAAGGAUUCAGAAAGGGGUGGUAAAAUGGACGGGAACGCCAGACAAAGAAACCGGAGACUGCCAAACCCUCGAAUUAUGGUCGGCAAGAGCGGGAAUGCCCAGUGAAGGAAGGGAAGACUAGUAGCAGAGAAUUUUGCACCCAGCAAACUUGAUUCUGCGCCUAUCUUCAAGCCGCCCCAAGCCGCUUUCCUCGGUUUCUCCUUCAUCCACCCCCCAUCCACCGCGAUCAUUCCUGG